UUUCCGUAGAUUUGCCUUGCCAUCUAUCUAUUUUUGCAUGCCAAUAUUUAAUUGCCGUGGAUGCUUUAUGAAAUGAUGUGCAUUGUCGGAAAAAACAACUAGUGCAACCGCCAUUUCAUACAAUUUUAAUAAUUAUAUACUAAUAUAUAUAUAUAUAUAGUCCAUUACUAUCAAUUAAUUUUGAUCAUUAAUCAAUAAUAUAAAUAUUUAGAUGUAAUCAAUUUUACUUUUAACUGAUAAAUUAGAGUGUUUUCUCAGUAAAAAAAUGGAUAGCUAAUUUAUCCAAUUGGGCAUGAUUUUUCAAUGUAGAGAGAAAGCUCAUUAGAUAUUAAUAACAAUUGACAUUUUCUCAAGACAAUAUGUCAUCACGGUAUAGAGAAUGGGAUUUAUCCUGCAAAGUUUAUGUGGGGAACUUAGGAAGCAGUGCAAGCAAGCAUGAAAUAGAAAGUUCAUUUAGUAAAUAUGGGCCUUUGAGGAAUGUUUGGGUUGCUCGAAACCCACCCGGCUUUGCAUUUGUUGAAUUUGAAGAUCCAAGAGAUGCUGAAGAUGCCGUAAGAGGAAUGGAUGGAACACGCUGUUGUGGAACACGGGUGAGGGUAGAAAUGUCAACUGGUCGAAGUCGGCGUGGCGCGGGUGGUGGACGUCGACCCGUAUCAAGGUAUUCGAGAUCUCGUUCCCGGAGUCCUAGAAGAAAAUCAUUAACUAGAAGUCGCAGCCGAGAUCGACGUUCAAGAUCUGAUUCUCGUGAACGGCGAUACUAAUCAUGAAAUAGUGGAAAACAGAAUCCCUGUAUAAUGAUUUUAAUAAUGCAUUAUAGCACAGUUUUUAUAUAUAAAAAUUUAAAUUAUCUUUAAAAAGUAAC